CCGGUCAGAGCCCGUUCCGUUCCGAAGCGAUUCCGGUGUUCCGGAGACCGGAGAGGCGGUCGAGACCGGAGACCUGAGACCCGGAGACCUGAGACCUGAGACUCCAUUUUUGGGCCAUGGCCUUUGGACCGAAGGCCGGCUUUAUCCUGUGCCUGGUGCUGAUCACGGUGUGGCUGAGCUAUUCGCUGAAUGGCCUCAUCGAAAGGUGGAACCCCAGCCCGCGGCUGACCUGGGGCUUGGUCUCCCGAGGAUUUGGCUUGGUCUACAUCAUCGUCUUGGGCUCCUUCCACCCGCAGGUGGUGCCCCUCUGUGGGCGCCGCGGGGUGACGCCCGUGGCCCAGCUGCUGCAGCAAGCGCAGAAGGACUACCCCGGCUUCAAGAAGCUGCUAUACUUCCCGACUUGGCUCUGGUUGGAUGCCAGCGACACGGCGUUGCGGUUGACCACGCUGAGUGGCAUCCUUGGUGGUGUGCUGGGCAUCUAUGGCGGCACGGUGGGGUGGUGGGGCCUGGUGCUGGCGCGCUUGGCCUUGCAGUCGGUGGCCGUCACAGGAGAGUUCUGGUUCGUUUGGGACUACAUGGUCUUUGAGGCCGGUGCCUUGGUCCUGCUGCUGCCUGAGACCUUACCCUUGAGCACGGGGAGUCUGGGCGCUUCAAACCUGCCCGUGCCCUGUGUGGCACUGGCGUGGCAGGCCCUUGCCAUCCGCCUCAUGUUGGGCUUCGCCAAGACCAAGUUCAGUGAAUCUGAUGUGGCCAAGGACAACCUCUUCCUUCAAGGCUUCUUCAUUUGGCAACUCCUUCCAAACCACUUGGCCUGGUUUCUGCAUCACGCGCCCCUCUGGUUGCUGCGCGCGUCUUAUGGCUUCAUGCUCUAUGUGGAGGCGAUCUUGCCCUUUUGCUGCUUCCUCUCGGGCGCUCCGCGCUUUGUGGGCGCGUGGGGUCUCAUCAUCCUCAUGCUGGGGAUCUUCAUGACGGGGAACUGGGGGCAGUUUAAUCUCGGCUACAUCAUCGUUUGCGUGGGGCUCUUGGAUUUGAACAUCUCUUGGUCCAUGUUCUUCGCGCAGAGUUGGCUCUUGCCACCCCUGAUGGCAGUCUACCUCUUCAUCGGCUUCAUCUGCUUGUGCCUCUUCGACACUUGGACGAACACCGCCUGGGCCUGGUUCUCCUGGGAACUCCUUCCCAUCUUCCAGCUGCACGGCUUGUUGGGGCUGGUCCGCUUUGUGUCUCCCUGGCGGCUGAUCAAUGCUUAUGGCGUCUUCCCACCCGAGGCACUCCCACAGGUCCGAAGUACCGUGGUCUUCGAGGGCAGCUACGACGGCUCCACUUGGAAGAUGUACCCCUACAAGUACCAGCCCCACAAGGCCUCCAGCCCGCCGUGCACCUUCUUGGCGCCCCACCAUCCUCGCUUGGAUCAUCGGGUGUUCUAUCCCUUCGAGAUGACCAGCAAGAGUGACCUGUGCAGCGCCUACUGCAUCAACGAUCACAAUCCUUACUGCUACACUCCAGAGGGUUUCAUGCAGCGGAUGCAGCAGCGUCUGUUGGAGGGUGCUCCGGAGGUCUUGAGUCUCUUCGCCGCGAAUCCCUUCCCAAACAAGCCUCCAGCGCAAGUGAGGGUGGUGAUCAAAGGCGUGAGCCCCACCAGCUUGGAGGACCACAAAGCCACGGGGAACUGGUGGUACGUGCAAGAGCUCUGUGAGGUGAUCGCUCCACGUCGGCUGGAUGAAACCGUGUGGGAUCGCUGGGUGCCAUGUCCCGAAGCCUUCCACCCGGAGCACGACAUUUGGAGAGCCCGGGCCGCCACCUUGGAGGCCCUCCGUACGCCUGCACCCGACGCGGCCACAGUGGAGGCGGCCACGGCGGGGCUACCUGAGGAGGAGGUGGCCUCCUUUUGGCGCGACUUCGUGCCGGAGGCCCAAAAGUCUCGGGGCGACUGGCCCACGUUGUGGUCGCGGUCCCAGGCAAUCGCAGCGCGCUUCGGCCGCAAGAGCUUGGCCGUCUACGAGCGCAUGGUGGGGCGCUAUGUGCUGUUGCUGCGGAGCAGCGUGACGAAUGAGAUCAUCCGUGACGUGGGAUUAGACACGCUGAUGGGAAAUUGGCGCUUGCACCUGCUCUUCCAUGACGCCAUUCUGGAAGGCAAGGCGGCCUAUGUUGAGACCUUGAAGUCUCCUCAGUCCUUAGUGGAGCGGGCCAAGCGCAUGGACGACGCGCGGCUCUUGGACCUCAUCGGUUUGUUGCGGCCGGACGACCUGCGCUUCGAGGACCUGAAGUUCCGCUACGUCCGGGACUUGAAGCAACGCCCCGACCGGCGUGGCUUCAUCACCAACGUCCUCGAGAUGGACAAGGGUGGUUUCUAUUCGAUGCUGAAGUUCCUUUUGGCGCAGCAGCCCUUGACCCCCUUGUGGCUGCCCAAGGCGCGGCUCUUGGACUCAGGUGCCUGGGCGGUGGAAGGUUACGAGGAGCAAAAGAAAGCACCUGGAAACCCGCUGACAGAGCCCAUGUUGAAAUGACAGGAGGCCCAGAAGUCCGAGAAGCCACUUUACCGAGCAAGAGUGGUGCUGCUUGCUCGUGGAAAAAGAUGAGCUUGGGGCGCCUUUGGGACCAACAAUCAAGCGCUGUAAAGAGAGAAUCCACGUGAUGCAAACCGCACAACCUCUCCCGCAGCCAUUUGUAGUUGUGUAGCCGUGUAGGCUCGGUUGUUUUUAUGUUUUUUCAGGCUGCAAACAUGUCCCACCACCAGUUCUGCUUCCAACAGGUCGGUGGUCGUUGCAAGCCCUUGGGUGCUGGAGAGAUCGUGCCAGGAAUCGCGCCAGCCACCCCUGAACAGAUCCGGGCCUCGCAGCAACGGCGGGCGGAGCAACGGCGGGCACUCAAGGAGCAGUGUAAUUACGGUGCUUGGACUGGUUGCGACGUUUGGCGGAGGUGAAUGUUGUUGUGCCAGGGAUUGGCGUGUCAGCAGCCGAGGUUUUUCAAGGUCUGGGAUUGCGAAACUGCUUGGCCGGGAUCCGGGCCUCGCAGCAACGGUGGGCGCUGGAGCCGGAGCAACGGCGGGCACUCAAGGAGCAGAGAAGCAAAGCACGCCAGGAACUGGACUGGAAGGCGGUCAAAGAAUUUCUUGACUUGCACCAGUUCAGCGACGAGAAUGAUGCAGCUACUCUCCAAAUUUGGCGCCACCUGUGCUCCAGUUCGCUGGGCCGGCAGCGAAGCUUCGCUAGUGUCCGGUGCUGGUGCAUUAGAGGGGACGCGCUUUUAAAUUACUAUAUAGAGGAGGCUGGCAGUGGAACACAUUUGGAC